CUAGCGCUACAACACGUCCAGCACGAUCCGUAUUUAUAUGCAGGUGCCUCUCAUUCUCUGCUUGUUUACACUUUGAAGUGAGUUUAGGUUUGAUGCAAAACAGAAUUCUUGUGAAAUUGCAUCUCUUAAGAAUUUAUUCUAGUCGUUUCUGCAGAGCGAGAAGGGCUGCACUAUUGAAACAUAUGUAUCAGUGAGCCUAACUCACUGACACUAUCGUGGCAGUUGCAUUAACAUAACUUUAGGAGCUUAGUUAAAUUCCUCAUAAAUCGUGAAAAUGCCUCUUCUGCAACAUAUAUUGGACACAGACUUGGAGCGGUUAGCCCUGGACCUGAUUGUCCCGUCCCUUCUUGACCAAGGAUUCUUUUACGUGGAUAACUUUCUAGGAGAAUUGGUUGGACACUUUGUUUUGGACCAAGUCAAAGAGCUGCACAACUCUGGAGUUCUGCAGGAUGGACAGCUGGCUGGUCCUGGCCGGAGUUCCGGGGUUUCCACAAGGAACAUUCGGGGUGACAAGAUAGCCUGGGUCAGUGGAGUUGAAAGGGGGUGCGAGGCUAUUAACGUCCUCCUUACAUUAAUCGAUAAAUUGGUUUCUCAUUGCAUCGGCCGACUUGGGAAAAGCAUAAUUCGAGAAAGAUCAAAGGCAAUGGUGGCGUGCUAUCCAGGAAAUGGGACAGGAUAUGUGAAACAUGUGGACAAUCCCAAUGGUGACGGUCGCUGUGUCACCUGUAUCUACUACCUGAACAAGAACUGGAACACAGAGGAGCAUGGAGGAAUUCUUAGGAUUUUUCCAGAGGGCAAAUCCUACGUUGCAGAUGUUGAGCCCCUGUUUGACAGACUGUUGUUCUUCUGGUCAGAUAGAAGGAAUCCACACGAAGUGCUGCCGUCAUAUGCAACAAGAUAUGCUAUAACAGUGUGGUAUUUCGAUUCAGAAGAAAGAGCAGAGGCAAAGAGACGGUUCAGAGUCUUAACAGCCUCCACUCAGGACCAGGACGGAAGCACCAUGUGAACUGUGACCUUUUUAAGAGACUGCAUCUUGUGUGACACAAUAGAACAAUAAAUCCCCAAUCCUUCGUGUUGACAUGGGCUGACAGAGUUUUCACACUUUGGUCUCAUCACUGUUUGGAUUUUGGUAUCUCUUCUAAAAGCUACAAAGAUGUUGAAAGCUACAAAGAUGUGUGACUGAUGGCUUUGUACAUAUUUUGAAAUUAAAUUAUUUGCUGCUCUUUCAA